UUGCCGGUUGGAACGCCAAGAUGGCACAAACAUGUCAGUACGACAAAAAACGGAGUAAAAUUCUAAAAACACAAAUAUAGUUUAACCGAAUCGUCGUCGUUUAAAGUUCCAAUUUUCAUUUUGCAAAACAUCAAGCCUUCAAUGUAUUUAAUUCCUCGGAUUUCAGAAAAUGACGGAACAAGGCUACGUGUCACGGAUAAACCAAAUAGACGCUGCCCAAUUGGACGAAGAGAUAUACAAGGUCCUGAAGUUACAAACACACGCAAUAACAAAAUUUUGUCCUGAAGAAAAAGUGGAAGCAUGGCAGCCAGAAAUAGAUGCGUUUUUGAAGUUUGUAAUAUGGUGUUUUUCCUUGGGUAGUGGAAAGUCAACAUUUGGUCAGCGUCUUUUAGACCUGAAUUAUGCUAAGCUGAACCGGCAAAAAGCUGUAUUAUUUCUCAUUUUCACUGUUGUUCCGGUUUAUCUGAGAGACAAGCUGGUGGAUCGAAGAAGGGCGACAACUUCGGCGAGCGAAGAACGACUACGAAAGUGGGUCGAAAUGAUAGCAAAUAUUUUUCACUUGUUGAGCUUCUUCAAUUUGCUGGUAUUCCUUCAUCGAGGGAAACAGCCCAGCAUCGUUGAAAGACUUUUGGGCGUGUCGAGUGAAAAUUCACACAAACACAAACCCAGACAAAUUGGCUACUCAUACAUGACGAGAGAACUUUUGUGGCACGGUCUCAUGGAAUUGUUCAGCAUGGGAUUGCCCAUGAUCAACUUUCAUAGUGUUAAACAAACAAUUUUACGUUUCUGGACGAAAAAUCGUAGAAACGCUCGUGACAGUGUCGAAAAUUUACAUCCGCAUAUGGACACUCAUACUCUGUGCACUUACUGCCAUGAAAAUCCAAUUUUACCAAGAUAAUGAAACUGCAAUUACUCAUUCCACCGCAAGUGUCAGCAAAAAUAUUGAAAUGACAGGCUUCCUUGAUCGGAGACCAGGAUAUAUCAAGAAACUCAUCCUCGAUCCUAGAUUUUUGCAUAAUUACAUCGUAAAAUUUUGGAUAAAUGACUGAGGUAGGGUCGUGAAGAAAAGAGCAAAAGUAUUUUACUACGAAAAUGUAUUCUCGUUUAUUCUUCAUGCUUCAAACAUUUAAACCGUUAGGCACAAACCCCAGACUUAUAACCUCAAACUUAAACACAAAACAUACGAAUUCACAAUUGGAUAUUUGGCCUCUUAAUAAUGAUUAAUCGUGCAGUUUCGUUACUUAUCAAAAUUUUCAGAACAUUUCAAACAGAAAUAUGCUGCACUGUAAGUUAUAGAAAGACAAAUUUUCCCCUCGACAUAUUUCAUCGUAAUAUUUAUCUAUAUAAUAAUUGUUUCUUUUUGCUCAUGCACCGUUUCUGGGCAAGCACGUCCCUAAUAAUUAUCACAUUCCAUCAUCAUUAUCAUCAUCGUUUUGCGCAUUGCUAGUCAAUUUAUCCCUAAAUACCCACAAUAACAAUACACGACAGCACAAAUAAAUCAAAAUUUCCUCGCCA